UUACGUCAUUGUAGAGAGGUUUGACUGUAUACCUUACCUUUCUACCUCGAUUUUCUCCCAAACUUUUUGCUAUACCCCAAUAACCCGAACCCCCCAGAUCCACCCCACACCCACCCCCACUCCACCCCCAGAUCCACCCCAAACCCACCCAAUGGACCCAAAAUAUUCAUUUCUUCCAAAAGGUGUCCAACCAGAUGAAUCAUCACCACAAUGGUUAAGCAAAGGUGAUAAUGCAUGGGAAUUAACAGCAGCAGCCAUGGUGGGCUUACAAAGUGUACCUGGGCUUGUAAUUCUAUAUGGAUCAAUGGUUAAGAAAAAAUGGGCUGUAAAUUCAGCUUUUAUGGGCCUUUAUGCAUUUGCAUCAGUAUUAAUUUGUUGGGUUUUAUGGGCCCAUAGAAUGGCUUUUGGUACACAUUUAAUGCCUAUAAUUGGUAAACCAGAACAAUCAAUGACACAAAAUUAUUUAUUAAAAGAAUAUACACAUAAGAAUAUACCAACAGCUGAUUAUGUAUUUUAUCAAUUUGCAUUUGCUGCAAUUACUGUGAUUUUAUUAGGUGGUUCAUUACUUGGUAGAAUGAAUUUUUAUGCAUGGAUGAUAUUUGUACCACUUUGGGUUACAUUUAGUUAUACAUUUGGAGCUUAUAGUAUAUGGGGUAAUGGAUUUCUUGAGAAUAUUAUUGAUUUCUCUGGUGGUUAUGUGAUACAUCUUUCAUCUGGAGUUGCUGGAUUUACUGCUGCUUAUUGGGUUGGACCAAGACAUCCACAUGAUCGACAACAUUUUGCACCAAACAACAUAAUUCACAUGCUUGGAGGUGCUGGUUUUCUUUGGAUGGGAUGGACUGGUUUUAAUGGUGGAUCUCCAUUAGCCUCUAAUUUAAUUACAUCAUUAGCCAUUCUUAAUACACAUAUUUGCACAGCCACAAGCUUGUUAGUGUGGCUUUCUAUGGACAUGAUUUUCUACAACAAAAGUUCUGUUAUUGGAGCUGUCCAAGGAAUGAUCACUGGCCUUGUUUGCAUCACCCCUGGUGCAGGUAUAGUUGAGCCUUGGGCAGCAAUACUCAUGGGAAUCUCAUCAGGCUCAAUACCAUGGUACACAAUGAUGGUUCUCCACAAAAAAUCAUCAUUUUUCCAAAAAGUUGAUGACACAUUAGGUGUUUUUCACACACAUGCUGUAGCAGGUUUACUAGGUGGAAUCCUCUCUGGAGUCUUUGCAAAACCUAAGUUAUUAAGGAUGUUUUAUAGUUCAGACAAGUAUGGUCCUGGUUUUUUAUACAGCGUAAUUGAUGGAGACAUCAAAAGAGGACUAAGACAAAUGGUUUAUCAACUUCUUGGUGCUGCAUUUAUCACAAUAUGGAAUGCUGUGGCUACUAGUUUGAUAUGUAUUUUUAUAAGUAGAAUUGUUGAAUUGAGACUUCAUGAAGAUGAUCUUGAGAUUGGUGAUGAUGCUGUUCACGGAGAAGAAGCUUAUGCUUUGUGGGGUGAUGGAGAGAGGGAUCCGCCGCGCUUUAAUAGGACACCUAAAAUUCCUUCUUUUUGUCGACGACAUGAAACUAGUCAAUAAAGAGUGACGAAUUCAGAAUCUAGAGUUAAAACAACGAUGGACGAACCAAAACCAAAUUUGAUGUGAGCCUCACGUCUAUAUAUCGCUCAAUAAAGUUUGCUUCAGUUCCAAUCUCAAUUUAUUUUAAUCACAAAAGUGUACUUUAGUUGAAAACGAUCAAUAUGUAGAAUCUGAACAAGCAAUUGGUGAGACUCGCGAAGAAAUAUUCACUUUGAUGUGUAAUACUAUAUGUUACUUCAUUUA